AUGGAGUACCGACAAAAACGACAGCUCACCUUCGUGACAGUUGGAUUAAUUUUUCUUAUGAGCGGUAUCGAGUACGCUGUGAUCCUACCCACCAUAUGGAGGUACCUGCAGAUCCUUGAGGCACCGCCGUACUUCCUGGGUCUCGGCCUGUCCGCGUUCAGUUUCAGCGGGCUGCUGUUCGGACCUCUGUUUGGCCACUGGUCUGAUCGGACCCGUACCACCAAGAAUAUCAUCCUCCUGGCCAACGUCUUCGAGAUCGUCGGUAACUUCAUGUAUUUCAUGGGCUAUUCCAAGUGGCUGCUCCUAUCGAGCCGGAUCGUAGCAGGGAUCGGAGCCGGGGCUGGUUCCUCCAUAUUCGGGCUCCUCACACGGAUCACGUCGUUAGAGAAUCGCGCCACAGUCUUCGCAACCGUCAUGGCCUGCCGCCAAGCCGGACUCCUGAUUGGUCCAGCGUUCAAUAUCUUUUUGAGGCUCUGCGAUUUCCAGCUGGGUCCCUUCAUCGUGAACAAGUACACAUCCCCUGGGCUCUUCAUGAGCAUCGUGUGGGGCCUGCUGGAGUUGGUGGUUCUGUUCAUGUACUGGGACCUACCACCUCUCGACCAUGGGGGCCAGGGGAUGAACAUGGAGGAGGUGGAGGUGGAAGAGGAGGCACAACCCCUGGUGACCAAUGAAGAAGCAGAAGACUCUGAGUUCAGGACCUUCAUCAGUACCGAACAGCUGGAAUGCCAGGAAAGAAGAAGCAUUUAUGGAAGAUGGAUUGAUUGUCACGAUAAUGAUGCUUUGGUCCCUUCCUCCGUCCCCGUAGAAUUCCUGAGGGAGGAGGUGUUGCUGCUGCUGGCUGCCCAGUUCGUCACGCUGUUUAAUCAGACGGCGCUGGAGACCAUGGUGACCCCCCUGACACAGAAGUACUUUGGCUUUGGCGAGCUGCAGAACAGCAUGAUGUACUUCCUGUGCGGCGUGGAGGUCAUCGCUGGCUUCCUGCUGGUGCGCGGUCUCAGCCGCUGCCUGGCUGACCGCCUGGUGCUCGCCCUGGGAUUGGCCGUCUGCAGCAUCUCCUGCGCCUGGUGCCUCGUCUUCCUCACUGAUCCCCGAGGUGGGUACCCCUGGCAGUUGGCGAAGUUCAUCAUGGGGGUCUUCCUGCAGCUUCUGGGCCUCCCCUUUCUUACUGUCUCCCAGGUGUCACUUUUUUCUAAAGUUACCUCGGCGAAGACGCAAGGGUUCAGCCAGGGCGUGCGGCGCUCAGUGGGGGGACUGGCCACCAUUUUGGGCCCCCUGUGGGCCGGGGGCCUGACGGAGAACCUGCAUUUGAUGCUGGGGCUGAUGAUGGCCUUGCUGGUCAUGGUCUCGGUUGUGACCGCACUCUCCUACGAUCGUCUGGUGGAGCCGUGUGCUGCACGGCCCCCCCGCAGCUCUGAGGUCAUCAGAACGAGCAGGUGGGGGCACCCAUCCAGUCGCCGUGGAAAGAAGGAGUGGCUACAUUGGCAGAAUGAGAAUCACUGUUUAUCAGCUUAUACAGAUACAUUUAAACAAAACAAAAGAAACUUGUUAAACUUUUAAAUGAUAAUGGCGCUCUGUUGUUAGCUAAUGAGUGUUUUGUUUU